CGCGUGCGCGGUGGGCGGAGCACGGCUUUUCCAGCUCCUUUGCCAGCCCAGGUCUUCCCAGUCUUGCACAGCUGGUGUGGUGCUCGUGUUUCCCCAUCUCGUCGUGGAGCGUCGCUGCCGAGUGGGCGCUAGUGUUCGCGUCGUCAUGGCUGGUUACGAAUACGUGAGCCCGGAGCAGCUGGCCGGCUUUGAUAAAUACAAGUACAGUGCUGUGGAUACCAAUCCACUCUCUCUGUAUAUCAUGCAUCCAUUUUGGAACACUGUAGUAAAGGUAUUUCCUACUUGGCUGGCUCCAAAUCUGAUAACCUUUUCUGGCUUUCUGCUGGUUGUGUUCAAUUUUCUGCUUAUGGCAUACUUUGAUCCUGACUUUUAUGCUUCAGCGCCAGGGCACAAGCACGUACCUGAUUGGGUCUGGAUUAUAGUGGGCGUCCUCAACUUCGUAGCCUACACGCUAGAUGGUGUGGACGGAAAGCAAGCCCGUAGAACCAAUUCCAGCACCCCGUUAGGGGAGCUUUUUGACCAUGGCCUGGAUAGUUGGUCAUGUGUUUACUUUGUUGUAACUGUGUAUUCCAUUUUUGGACGAGGAUCAUCUGGUGUCACUGUUUUUGUUCUUUAUCUCCUGCUAUGGGUAGUUUUAUUUUCUUUCAUCCUGUCCCACUGGGAAAAGUAUAACACAGGGAUUCUUUUCCUGCCAUGGGGAUAUGACGUAAGCCAGGUGACUAUUUCCUUUGUCUACAUAGUGACUGCGAUUGUGGGAGUUGAGGCCUGGUAUGAACCUUUCCUGUUUAAUUUCUUAUAUAGAGACCUAUUCACUGCAAUGAUCAUUGGUUGUGCAUUAUGCGUGACUCUUCCAAUGAGUUUAUUAAACUUUUUCAGAAGCUAUAAAAAUAACACCUUGAAACACAAUUCAGUCUAUGAAGCUAUGGUUCCCUUCUUUUCUCCAUGUUUGCUAUUCAUUUUGUCUACAGCAUGGAUCCUCCGGUCACCUUCAGAUAUUUUAGAGUUACAUCCUAGAGUAUUCUACUUAAUGGUUGGAACAGCCUUUGCCAAUAUCACAUGUCAGCUGAUUGUUUGUCAAAUGAGCAGUACCCGGUGCCCAACUUUGAACUGGUUUCUGGUUCCUCUCUUCUUGGUUGUCAUAGUGGUAAAUGUAGGAGUAGCCUCUUACAUUGAGAGCAUUCUCCUGUUUACAUUAACAACUGCUUUCACUCUGGCCCACAUCCAUUAUGGAGUACGAGUGGUAAAGCAGCUGAGCAACCAUUUUCAGAUUUACCCCUUCUCAUUGAGGAAACCAAACUCAGAUUGACUAGGAAUGGAAGAAAAGAAUGUUGGCCUGUAAUCUACAGAAAGAAGUCCUGUAAAUAAGAUGCUUGUAAAUAUUUCAUCCAUCACCAUUGAACUAAACUGAUCUGCAUAACAGACAUGGGAACUCAGUGUGUGUGGUACUUGGACAGCAGGAGUGAUACAUAAUGAUCUGAACUUGUGGAAUUUUCAACCUACUAACUCCCAGCUUCUUUUAUUUUGUUUUUUCUAAAGCCAUGUGAUGUUUUGGUUAAA